GAUGGACCUACCUGGAAGAAAUUUUGCAGGUUUUACAGGAAAAGAUAUCGUGGAUAAGUUACUGGAUUCGAAAUGGGCUUCAAGAAAACCUAUCCUGUUUACAACUAGACAGUCUUGCGUCAAUUUUUGUCAAAUGUUAGCCAUUUUAGUUAAGCUCUUAGAUAAAGGGUUUUUCCAUCGAAUUGAGAAACAAAAAAAUAGUAAGAAGAAAGAAGAAACCCCAGGCGAAAUAAAGAAGAAAAAGAAGGAAUACAGAGAAAAUGAUAAAAAAGAUGGAAAAAAGAAUAAAAGUAAAAAGAAUAAGAGAAAGAUCUUUAUAUUGGAGCAUGAAGAGCAAAUUUUUAAAGAUGGAGAUAACUAUUACGUUUGGGUUUAUGAUCCAGUUUCUUUAAAAACCUGGAUUAUUGGUUCAUUUAUUGUUCUUGGAGUGAUUGGUAUAUGUCUAUUUCCUCUCUGGCCCCCCAAAGUUCGAGAUAGUAUCUAUUAUUUAUCUAUUUUGGGAACUGGUUUUAUAGGUCUACUUUUCUUUCUAUAUAUUCUUAGAGCUAUAAUCUUUGUCAUUGUUUGGACAAGUACUCGUGGUAAAUAUCAUUUAUGGAUACUACCCAAUUUAACAGAGGAUUGCGGUUUCGUUGAAUCUUUUAUUCCUAUGUAUUCCAGUUCCGUAAUUGAAUCUAAAAUAGUAAAGCAGGAUAAUUUAGAAAUAGAAUCAAAAGUUGAACAUACAGAACGACAAGAUGAUUUUGUCAGCGAAAAGGAGAAUAAUGAAUAG